UUGGCCAAAAGCCCACCAAAAUCUGAAGGAGACCUCGACUGGAAGGCACCGGCGGGCGGGCGGGCGAACUCCAACCAACAAACCACGCGGGGCGGCCGGCCAAAUCCACGCCACCACCCACGCCUGCGAGGGCCUCGCCGCCGCAGUCCGAUUCGACUCCCCUCCUCACCCCGCCUCCCUCGAUCCCCGCCGCGGAAGCGAAAAUGAGCGACAAUCUGAUGGAGAAAGUGAACGCCCUCGGCGAGCGCCUCAAGAUCACCGGGUCGGAGGUGAGCAAGCAGAUGCAGGCCGGCAUGAGCUCCAUGAGCUUCAAGAUGAAGGAGCUCUUCCAGGCGCAGACCCCGGCCGACAAGAUCGUCGAGGACGCCACCGCCGAGAGCCUCGAGGGGCCCGACUGGGCCGCCAACCUCGAAAUCUGCGACCUCAUCAACACCGAGCAGGUGAACAGCGUCGACCUGAUCCGCGGGAUCAAGAAGCGGAUCGUGCUCAAGGAGGCCAGGGUCCAGUUCCUCGCCCUCUUCCUCCUCGAGACCAUCGUCAAGAACUGCGAGAAGGCCUUCUCCGAGGUUGCGGCCGAGAAGAUCCUCGAUGAGAUGGUCAGGCUGAUUGAUGACCCCCAGACGGUGGUCAAUAACAGGAACAAGGCCCUUACGCUCAUUGAAGCGUGGGGAGAGUCUGGUGAUGAGCUCCGCUACUUGCCCGUUUAUGAGCAAACCUACAAGAGCCUGAAAUCAAGAGGAAUACGGUUUCCGGGACGUGACAAUGAGAGCCUGGCCCCCAUAUUUACUCCUCCACGCUCUGUUGCUGAAGCUGAAGCUGCUGCAAAUUUCUCCCAGCAGGCAUUCGAAGAUGUACAUGUGCAUACAUAUACUGCUGAAGAAACAAAGGAAGCUUUUGAUGUGGCCCGUAACAGCAUGGAGCUUCUUUCAACUGUUCUUUCAUCCUCCCCUCAGCAGGAUGCUUUGCAGGAUGACUUAACAACCACUCUUGUGCAACAAUGCUACCAAUCUCAACAUACUAUCCAGAGAUUCAUCGAGACGGCUGGAGACAACGAGGCCUUGCUCUUUGAGGCCUUGAGUGUGAACGAUGAGGUACAGAAAGUGCUAUCCAAAUACGAAGAGAUGAAGAAGCCCAUGGCAUCUGCGCGUACAGAACAGCCAGUGGUCAUACCAAUUGCCACGGAGCAUGAAGAUUCCGUGACUGUUGGCAACGAGGAUGCCCUGGUCAGAAAACCAGCUGCUGCUCGAGCAAUGUCAGGCGGCGAUGAUGAUAUCCUCGAUGAUCUUGAUGAGAUGAUAUUUGGCAAGAAGGGAGGAAGCAGUUCCCAGGACGUGUCCAAAAGGCAGGACCCAAAGAAAGAUGACCUAAUCAACUUCUAAAUACCGUCUCAGCAGGUUGGGAAGUUCCUCUAGGGAUGCGCAACAUGUCUGCUGCUUUUAUACUGCUGAACGAUGUCUGUAUUCAUCCGGUAGAAGACUGCACUGCACGUACAUUCAGUUAGGGAUUGGGUCGCUUGUUUAUUUGCAUACGAUGAUACUUUGUCCUCCAGAGCUUGUUCAGUUGAUAAGUUGCUGCAAACUUCUCA